AUGAUGUUGUCUCCUCUAAACGAAACAAUUGGUGAUUUCGUGGUGAGAAGAGUGGUGAGGAAAGCGUAUCCGUCGGUCGAGCCGUCCGUAUCACGAAUGUUGUCUCUUAGGAUCGUUUCGUGUCGAUCGAUACGUAGAAUAUCUGCUUCGAUAGAUGUGACACAUUGUGAACAAAGCGGUUCCGAUGAAACACUUCACACAAACACUUCUAAGAGUCUCGAUGUAUGUGUUUCUGAGAGCCGUAUCGAUCGGAUGCGAAAAUUGUUGUCAUCACCGCUAUUGAGACGAAAACCUAAUCUUCACAAAACUAUAGCCCAAAGCUCACAAUCUGAGCAUAAAGUGUUUGGUGUAGCCCUCCAUGUGUUGACUUCAUCCUCAACUCAUAAAUCAAAUGACGAACCAUUCAUUCCUUUCGUUAUGAAGCGUUUGUGUCAUUUCAUUGAAGACUCCGGAGGUCUCUUACAGGAGGGCCUCUUUCGCAUCAGUGGUAACGCAAAAAUAAUCGACAAAUUGAAGCAUUCAUUUGACACAACGGGCGACGCAAACCUCGAAUGUGAGGGCGAUAUUGCCUCGGCUUCGGCUCUAUUGAAACUGUUUCUCAGAGAACUGCCGCAACCACUCAUCCCUAAUACACAACAGUUUUUGGAUGCGAUUAAAGACUACGAAACCGAUGAACAAAAAUGCGUUCAUAAUUUACGAGCUCUUGUCUCGCGAUUAAGUGACGAAAAUUACUAUACAUUGAAAUAUUUGUCGGCGUUUCUCAACAAAAUCGCUCUUCAAGAAGAAAAUCGAAUGACUUCUGCGAACUUAGGCAUUGUAUUCGCGCCCAAUAUGUUCAAAGUUAGUGUCGAUACAUAUAAAGGACUGAGAGAUCAAUCCAAAGCCAAUGAAGUCGUUUCCCUUUUCAUAAAUAAUUUUUAUGAAAUAUUUGACUCGGAUUUAGUGGACAAUGUUUUUGAGACAAUGUGUCCGCUAACUGUGCAGAUACCAGAAGUGGUCGCUAAUCAAUCCAUAAAUGAGAACAUUAAUGACAAUGAGUUUCACAUUGAAAUUCCAUCGCUUCUCUUACACAACACAACUCCAGAAAGUUUAUCUAAUCGUAAGCGUAAAGAAAGCAAAUGUUUAUCAACGGCUUCGCCAUUGCGUUCAAACUCUGAAGAAACCCUUUUUGACUCUAAAGAUUGUGACAUUCGUCGGAGCAGUAGUGAUGAAAAUGGAUUCAAUCAUGAAUUUAUUUCUGCAGUGAAUAAGUUUGAAAAUUUGAAUUUCGUCAGCACUUGGAGUCCACACCCGCCCGAAGCCAAACGCAGGGAAUUAGAGAGUGAAAGAUCUCAGGAAACCGAUGCUAAUGAGCGACAGACAUGCCAUCAAUUUAAUGAUAAUUGCGGUUUAGAUGCAAAGAUUGAUCACAAGAUAAAUGUUUUGGAAAAACAAAACUCUUUGGAUGAAUCUAAUGAUGAGCGCAAUUGUCGACCUUUACUUGAAAUAACUCCGACUGAAAAUUAUAACUUUAAAACAAUAUUCAAUAGUUCGGAGAGUAAUGAACCGAUACUAUCAGAGCAUCGGUACAGUUGGCCGCGAACUUCACAUGAGUCGGAAACUAUGGGAUCGUCCGAACAGUCAGUCAUUAAUCCGUGUAAUAAUGUCUCGCAAUUCUUGAAGAAAGCUGUUUCAUAUGAGGCCCCGCUAUCGCCGAGUGCUUACAGAACUUAUCUGAGUAACCGAAACAUUCAUUUGGACCCAACUAUACCCCCAACGCCUCCAAUCGAACAAAUCAAGAUCUUUAGGGCACCAAUACGUGACCCAAAACACAAUGAGACCAUAAACACUAGCAUCCGAUCCAUUACUAAACAAAUACAAGCCAUUAAAAAGAAGUUAAAACAUUACGAACACGAGUUUGAAAGAGAAAAAGGAUUUCGUCCGUCACUCGACCACAAAAUGAAUUGUCCAGAAAUGAGAGAAUAUGUGUUGGAAAUGAAUCAAUUGAAGAAAGAUUUAAAGGAAUUUAAAGAUGAUUUAUAUAUGGAAGUGACGGAUAAACACAAUGUAAUGGCAGACGAAGCAAAAGAAUUCAAUUGCAGUAAAUCUUUGAUUAAUAUAAGCGAAACGAUUAAAGAAAUUGAACGAACCAUUGAAGAGAAGCGCAAACUCGCAAAUCGACCCGAAAUUCUGGACCAAAUGUCGACCGAAGAGAUUAUUGAGGAGAAGCUUACACUUCAAAAGUCAUUGUUGCGAUUUGAGGCUCUUUACGGCCGACCGACUACUAAAGCUGAGCGCGAGAUUGUUAGACCUCUAUAUGACAGAUAUCGUAUUGUGAAACGAAUGGUCGCCAAAACAAUGCCAGUAAAACACGGCAGCAAAGAAUCGGCUGAAUUGCAACCCAUUUUAGAACACAUAGCAAUGGACUUCAUCUCUCCUUCACAUUCGAAAACUCAAGUCAUGGCUUGUGAUGAACACAAUGAGUCCAAUGAGUCGAAUGAGUGCAAUGAACCCAAUGAACUCACCAGUGAUUUACUUACCGGUGCUAUCGAUGACAAUGACAAUGGAUUAACCAAAAGUCCCAAAACAAGUCUUAAAGAUUCAAAGAAUAUUCAAUUUCAGUGCAAUAAUUUACAUGAGAUGUCGUUAUCAGAGCUCAACCAACUGCUGGCGGAAACACGACUCCAGAAAAGAAAUUUACGAAUAGUUUUAAGAGAUUUUGAGAACGAAUUCUUUAAAAUUAUGGGAAGAAAAGUGGAAAAAGAAGACAAAGUAAAUAUGGGAUCCGUUUAUUCCAGUUAUAAGCACACGAAAGGAAAACUGCGAUUAUUGGAAGCACUGAAGCGAAUAUGA